UCCUCGUGGUCGCAGAGAAGCUGCCGCGGUGGUCCGCCCAGAGCCCUGCAGGGUAGGCUCAGGUUUCCGGCCUCCCCCCGAGGAGCGCCUGGAGGGUCUGCGGGGGACUCUUUGGCUGUUUGGUUCAUGCACUGAACAGCUCGUAUUCUGGGGGAUCUCUCAGCAGCUAAAAUAAGGCGCCCGGUCAAUUUUGGAAGGGACGCGUGUGUUGGCCCGCCAGAGCAAAGCAGCGCCUGGAAGCCUGACGCCCCUGCUCAACUAAAAUCUGCUUAUCUGAAACUUUAAGAGCUUAAUAGAAAAGAGUCCAGUAGCACCUUUAAGCCUAACCAGUUUUGCUGUGGUUCUCGAAGGUUUAUGCGGCAGUAAAGUUGCAUCUGACGAAGAGAGCGGUGGUUCUCGAAAGCUUACGCUACAGUAAAGUUGGUUAGUCUUAAAGGUGUUUCUGGACUCUUCUAUUUUGCUACUGCAGACUAACAUGACUCACAUGGAUUUAAGAACUUACUAAUUUAAGCAUCUCUAGCUGGCGUCCAGCGGGUGUUCCUCUUACGCAUCUGGUAGCAUCUGGGCCCUCUACGUGCUUGAACAAUGUAUAUGUGCUGGCUGGUGAGCAAAGACCGAAGUUGUCCGCGAAUAAAAUUGCCACACUUAGAAAUGGUGGUGGUUGGGCGAGGCCCUGAGACAGAAAUAACAAACAAGAAGUGUUCACGAAGACAAGUACAACUAAAAGCAGACUGCAACAAAGGCUUUGUCAAGGUUAAACAGAUAGGAGUCAAUCCAACUAGUAUUGAUCUGGUGGAUAUUGGCAAAGACCAAGAAGUUAAACUUAAGCCAGGACAAAUCCUCCACAUUGUCAACCGACUGUAUCCUUACAUGGUACAGUUCCAAGAAGAAAUGGGAGCGUGUGUUGGUGGGGAAGCCACGAGGAUAGAAAGUGAAAAAAGAACAAAAGUAGACUCUGAAAAUCCCAGCGAGGAUGAAAGCUUGCCAGGAAAACGUGUGAAAAUGGAGCAGGAGGGCCCACCAGGCUGCAAGUUCGGUCAGGGGAUGAAUGAUGGCGACAGUCCCGCUGCUGUGCCUGAAAAGUCCUCUGGCAAAAGGGAAUGUUUGGGACACUGGAGUCAAGGGCUGAAGGCUUCUAUGCAAGACCCAAAUAUGCAGGUUUACAAGGACGAAAGGGUUGUCGUUAUAAAAGACAAGUAUCCAAAGGCUCGUUAUCACUGGUUGGUGCUGCCGUGGCAAACCAUCUCCAGCUUGAAAGCCGUGACAGGGGAGCACCUGGAACUGCUGGAGCACAUGCACGUCACUGGGGAAAGGAUGCUCCGGCAGUGCCCCGAGGAAGACUCCUUGCGCUUCAGGUUGGGCUACCAUGCCAUUCCCAGCAUGAGCCACCUACAUCUUCACGUCAUCAGCCAGGAAUUUGAUUCCCCUUGGCUCAAGAACAAGAAGCACUGGAAUUCCUUUACAACAGAGUACUUUAUAGAUUCCCAAGAUGUGAUUGGGAUGAUAAAGAAAAAAGGCAGAAUAUCUGUAAGUAGCAAGGCGUCUGAAUCCCUGAAGGCGCCUCUGAGAUGCCACGUUUGUAAACAGCCGCAAUCCACGAUGCCUCAGUUAAAGGAACACCUUCGAAAGCAUUGGCCAAAAUGACCUGAACAGUCUGUUUUCUGAUACGUUAAUUAAAAUGUUACCGAUUGUUACAGUAAUUGAAUUCCACUGUUAAUAUGCUGACUUUUAAGAACAUGCCAAAUCUUCUUUUAAAAAAAUACUCCCCUCAUGCAGUGUGACAAAUUCUCAACGGGACAGUGAUUACGCAGAGGAGUGAGUAGAAGAGCUUCUGUUCAGCCGAUCUACCUGCUGCUUUGCCUCAAAAGAUGACUGAAUCUAGGUUGGUUGCAUUUUCUAUUUUUGGAUGGGAGGGAGAGGGAUCCCUUAACCUCCCCCCCCUCUGGCCCCCCCAGGGGGAUUAACAGCAUGUGGAGAUGGAAAUCAGCCUGUUGGUUCAACUCGUCCCCUUGGACUAUGGGCAGAAUUGGCCAAAUCCAAAGUUGCUGAAUUAAAAAUCAUGAUGGAGAGCCUUUGAAAGCUGAAAAACAGUAACUCCCACCAGGGUAUCUACUGGCUGAGCUCAUAUUUGAACUCCGGUCUCUGAUGACCCAAGCCAUAGAACCAUGUGUGCUCUUAAGCGGGCCGUUCCUCACGCUUGCCCAACCCCUUCCUUGCACAAGAGUAAGCCUAGUGACACUUUAGUUUUUAAUUGUCCAGCUUACAAGCAAAAGGUGUGAUCUCCCCUCACCCACAGGCAGCGCCCAGCUAGCCCAUGUGUACAACAGAAGAGGGCAAAACUAGACGAUACGGCGGCCCCCAAGGAUGCUCUGCCAUUUUGCAGGCGUGAGUUCCCCCGGGAACUCAUUUUAACAGUGCUGCAUGUCCCCGAUUCCAGUUGGGGCCACCACAGUGCUGUUAUCAGGAGUUCUCCAGUGGGAACUCACUCUUACAAAAUGGCAGGUCAGACUCGGGGACACUGUAGCCUCUAGGCUGGCCCCUGGUGUGAUCAAAGAGGAAGGAAGCAGACGCAGGCCACAUCCAGCUACUGUCUAUCCUGGGAAGCUUCAGCUCUCUUCCUGCCCCCAGGACAGGGAUGUGUAAGUAGUCCGUGCUAGCAUCAGAACAUGCACACGUGCCCCUGGAUGGAACUACUUACUAGACUGCUGGGGGUGGACGUUUUGUAUGCGGUCCAAAGAGGGGAUGGUUUCCACGCAAAGGGAGAUGUGGGGUCUGAUUUGUGCCCUCGUUAUUAUGAACCGUUUAUUUUCCAAGUCAGUCUUUCUUCUGUAUUUUCCUGAUCCACAACUGUAAUAAAAGUCUGUUUGCUGCAAUGAAGUUUGAAGGUUGGUGGUGUUCGAUCAGUUCAGUUUGGUAUGGUUCCAUGCAGGGCU